GAUUGUUUUCAGCCUCUUCUGCCGAAUUCUCUAUAAAACCGUGCGAGAUGGGGCGGCGGAUCACUCGGCUGAGUUUGAUGUUUAAGAUCGGUGUUCUUAACAAGUUAACAUUGCUACAAUUAAAGAUCGAACGUAGGAGUGGAGGAAAAAAAAAAUCUCCUUUGAAAAUUACAAGUUGGUAAAGGAAGUACAUAUAUACCGGCCAUGAGUACCGGAACACCUUACCUUGGUAGCAAAAUUGGCCUCAUAUCCAAGGCCCAGAUCCGAUAUGAGGGUAUUUUGUACACCAUAGAUACGGAGAACUCGACCGUGGCGUUAGCUAAAGUGCGAUCCUUCGGGACGGAGGGCCGCCCUACAGAUAGACCAGUGCCUCCCAGGGACGAGAUCUACGAGUACAUCAUCUUCAGGGGAAGUGAUAUUAAAGACAUAACGGUGUGCGAGCCUCCGAAGCCUCUCCAUGCCUUACCCCAGGACCCGGCGAUUGUGCAAUCGUCACUUAGUGGAUCAUCAGCCUCUUACCAGCACCAGGUUCCCUUCAGCCCCUACAGAAGUAUGAUGCCCACAUACAGCCAGUUAGCAGCAAGCUCUUUGCUCAAUCAGCAGUAUGCAGCAGCACUGGGCUUGGGAACAGGGUUUCACAGCUUGCCAGUGAGGCGAGCCCCUACGGUAGAGCAAGCUGUACAGACUGUCCCACCAGACACCUCUGCAUACAAAAAGCCCCCUCAAGCAGCACCGCAACAGGACAGAGAUCUUCCACGACCCCCACAGCAAAUGGGACAGGAGGUUCCCCAGGUCCAAAGAAAUGCUGUGGUACCUGAGCAUGGUGUAAUGCAAGAAACGGCGCAAAGCAAUGAUGUGAACAGAAGACCACAGAGACGAAGGCAAGCAAACAGGAGGUCCAGAAACCGUGGCAAAGGACAAAUUCUAGUGGGAAAUUCAAAGCCCAGUACCCUCCAGUUCGAUGCAGACUUUGAUUUUGAAACAGCAAAUGCUCAGUUCAACAAAGAAGAUCUCGAGAAGGAAAUGCAGAACAAGCUGAAUAUCAAAGAUGUGAAGGGUGAUCUGGAAGAAAAGGGGGAUUCUGAAAUUGAUACUGGGAACAUUGAGAACUCAGUGGAAGAUGAUCUCUUUGGGCCAAACUGCUACUAUGACAAGACAAAGUGUUUCUUUGACAACAUUUCUUCAGAACUAAAAUCAAGACGAACAACAUGGGCCGAAGAGAGGAAGCUCAAUGUGGAGACGUUUGGGGUUCCUGGCAGGUUUUUGAGGGGCCGUGGAUUCAGAGGGGGCAUCAGAGGCAGAAGAGGGAGAGGGGCGGCACAACGCAUCCCUACCAUGCAAAAAGUGGGCAGUGGGAGGCUGUGAAGAGGACUUCAGUAUUUCGGAAUGCAGAACAGCACUGCGGUCCAAAUCUUUUUUUUUUUUUGUAUUGGGAUUUCUUCAAGUUCUACAAAUCCCUCUAAACUAGUUUUAAAGUCUGUUGUCUGCUGGUCUUUAAUCUUCAAAAGUGAGAUUUUGUAAGAUACUAUAUUUUGUGGUCAUGGGUGCAGGAUUGAAUAAAUCCAAGCUCUUGUGACAUGCUCCGAUUAGACUGCCAUGGUUAAGUAUUCUUAAUCCUUUUUAGGGGUUGGUUUGUAGACCCAUGUUACUUGGUUUUGAAGAUCUGGGUUCUGCUUAGACUACUGUUGCAGUUGGUGCCAAAGCUGAUGCUUGAUUCUCAUAGGAAAUUCUGGAGUCGUCCAAUUUUAGAGUUUAGGUGUGAGUUUUCAAGUUUUGGAAUUUUUUUCCAUGCCACAAUGUAAUUAAUAGGCUUUUAAGUGAGUUUAAAAACAUGUAUGUACCUUAUAAAGUUUGUAAAUCUCAAACAAAAAAUU